AUGGCACUAUAUUUGGAACAGAAAGACAUUAAGUACUUGGGCCGAAAAGGGGCAUUGACGAUACCGUCUCCCCAGUUUCGGCGCGAGCUUCUGAAAUCUUUUUUCCUUUGGGUACAACCGAGUGUGCCGAUAUUGGAUCUCAAUGUCCAAUUUCACGCAAUGGUGGUAGAUGAGGAAUUAUGUGGCAUUAGUCUGCUGCUUUUUCAUGCGGUUAUGUUCGCGGCGUCGCGAUUCGUGGAUAUCGAUUGUAUCAAGCGAGAGGGAUAUGAGUCUCGACGGGCAGCGCGAGAAUGUCUCUACCGUCGCGCCAAGGCGCUUUUCGAACUAGACUGUGAACAAGAUCGAUUGUCUCACGUGCAAGCAAUUCUCUUAAUGAUAUAUUGGGAUGGCCCCCGCAAGGGAGAGCGAGAUGCUGCUCACUGGAUGGGAAGUUGCAUCUCAUUAGCCAUGUCAAUCGGGCUACAUCAGGACCCAGACCCCAACACGAUGACCCCUGCUCAGCAGCGUAUAUGGAAACGAACGUGGUGGAGCAUGCACAACCACGCGCGCAACACAUGUCCGGAUCUACUGUCCAUGGUGAGUAUCAUGGAGGCCGAUAGCCCUUCGAUGGUGACACUUGAUGAUUUCGAACUCCAAAUUGCGUCACGCGAAGUCCGUUCGAUAUUUGGAGAAAGUGAGGUUGCUUGCAGCUUGGAGUACCAGAAAACCCAAGCUCUUCUGUUUAUUGAGAAAACGAAGCUGUGUCAAAUCUUCCAGUUGUCGACUUUGACGGGGCAAUUAAGCGGUGUUGUAUAUGGGGAUAAUGGAAUUGAUCUCGAAACCCCAUCUACAUUGAUCGACCCGGACGAACUCUCAUGGUGGCUUGCUCAACGAACGCCCGAGACCACGCAUCGACUACCUCUCUCCCCAUACCCGAUGCCGCUGCUGGAAUGUCACAAAUCAACCCUUCAGCCGGUGCUGAAAAUACCCGUCAAGUCGCAGAGAUCGGAAAGAAACACAUUUUGA